AUGGCGUCCUUCGUGAUGGAUUGUGUGUGGUGUUUGCUCCCCAUCCUGCUCCUCCUGCUGAUGUCGCUGACUCUCCGCUGGCCUACGAUGCAGCGUUGGACACGGCUGGCUGUCAAAGCCGCAGGCUGGAGACUCUGGGUUAUAACUUGCCUGAUUCUGGAGCUACCACUGGACAAGAAAGCAACAACACAGACCAAAGAGGCCAGGUCAGUAGAGACAGAUAUUUUGCCAGGGUCAAGUCAGGCCUCAGACGGCCCCAAACUCAUUUGCAAAUCAACUGCGCUGGCCAAAUAUCUGCUACGUCAUUGCAGUUCUCUGGCCAGACCCAGACUGGCCUCCUGGCCCCGAGGAGACCCCCAUCUUCAGACUCUGUCCAGCCUGAUUUUCAGACCACAUAUGGACACAUUACGGUUCACUAGAGACCAUCUGUUACUUAAAGACGGGGGGAUUGUGGCUCUGGACUGGGCUGUGGGAACCAGAGAGGCUGAGAGGAAUAGGUGGGAGGGGAGGAAGGAGCACCAGCCAGGGGGGAAAACACUGGGCUUUACCUCAAACCCUCCAGUCCUGCUCCUCAUCCCUCAGUUCUGGGGAGGGAUGACGCCCCAUCUAAAGGUGCUGUGCCAUCAGGCCACAUAUCAGGGCUUCUAUGUGGUGGUGUCUCAUCCUCGAGGCACAGCAGGGUGUCCACUGACCACAGCUCGACUCACCGAGUUUGGAGAUCCAGCUGAUCUCGAGCAGGUGACAGCUUACGUCCAAAGCCGCCACCCAUCCUCCGCUCUGUUUGCCGUGAGCGAGGGUUCAGGCUCGGGGACUCUUCUGUCCUACUUGGGGGAGAGUGGGUCUAGUUCUUGUCUGACCGCAGCAGCAGCCAUCUCACCUGUUCUCCUGGGCCAGCAGUGGUUUGAGACAGCCAUUCCUCUUGUUUACCGCUGGGGGAUCUUGUUCCAGCGGAAAAUGCUCCUCAGAAGAUAUGCAAGUUCCUUUCAGGCAGUGGUGGAUGUGGAUCGGGCCCUCGGCUGCUCCUCUGUCAGAGACUUUGAGGAAACUAUCUUCUGCUCCUCAGCCCAGCUUCAGGAAAAAGUCUCCAGACCAUCAUUCAGCUCCCAGAGUCCUGGACAGAGCUCAGGAACUUCCCCUCGAGGUUUGGCUCCCUCAGUGGCAUGGGCACUAGGAGAGAGGGCUUACCCAGCCAAGGACUGGAACAGCUACUGGGAGAGGAAUGAGCCCCUCAGAGACGCAGAUGAGGUGGCUGUGCCCGUGCUGUGUAUCUGCAGCUGUGAUGACCCCCUCCUCCCAUCUGCCUCAUCUCUGCCACUUCCCCUUUUCAGAAGCAAUCCUUACUUCCUGCUGGCAUUGACAGAAAGAGGAGGGCACUGUGGGUUCACUCUGGAGGGACAAGAAGAAGAGGAAGUGGUCGAGGGGGACAACUGGAGUCAUCUCGCAGUUCUGGAGUACUUCAGAGUGGUGGCUGAUUUCCUAAAAAGGGAGGAAAGAGAAAAUGCACCCUGGGGUGCCACAGGAGAUUAUAACUUGGCUGGGCAGUUGAGUUGGACCAGCAGCAUGGUUCCGCUUCGCAAAAGAAGAAACACUGUGAUGAGGAGACCCAGACUGUUAGCAGCUGAGCAGAGUAGUGUGGAGGAAGAGGAGGGGAACUUUACCUGGAAGAGGUCCUACACACGCUGAGGAGAAAAUAGAUAGAGAAAUCAUAGACUCUAAAGCAGGGGUGUCAAACUCAA